AUAAAUACCCCCGAUAUGUCCAGACUGCAGCGGUGCUGGUGAGUGGUACAACAAGACUUAAGCUUUGGUUUGGGAAUUAGAAACUCAGACAGACUGAAAUUAAAUACCAGACAUACUUGACUGAGACUGGCUUCACUUCUGGAAAAUCACUUUUAAUUUCUCUGAUUCGAGAAGAUUCUCCUCUGACUGGAAAGACGCGCCACUAACCACAGAUAAAGGACAUAUAUUGUAAUAAAUUCUUUAUUUUAUUUUUUUUUACCACUCUUGAAUGCAAUUUUCCAUUGCAGAAGAUGUGUUCCACUUUGUGUUUAAUCUUUUUACUCCUGUGCGUAAUGAACGCGGCGCUCUCCACUCCAUUUGAAUCAGAGGAUAUUGUACCUGUUCGGAUAAAUGGAAGAAUCAGCGGUCGCUUUUGGAAAAGAAGCGAGGAGCUGCCUCGGUUUAAGCUCAGCGCGUUUGGCAAGGACAUGACUCUGAACCUCAUACCAGAUACCAGCUUUAUGGCGCCGACCUUCACCAUACAGCGCAUCAGAGCCAGAGAUGUUGGCGCUUUACGCAGCGCUUCAGGUGCCUCGGAGCUCCGGAAAUCUAUGAACCAGACGGAGGAGAGUGAAGGGCAGCUGAGGAGCUGCUUCUACUCGGGGAACGUAGAUCACGAUCAGAGCUCGGUGGUGGCUGUCAGUUUGUGCUCAGGCAUCUUUGGCUCCUUCAUCGCGGAGGGGAAAGAGUAUUCAAUUGAGCCCAAACUCGGCGGCGGCUUGGGGCCAGACUCUGCCGAGCAGCUGCAUGUCAUCAAGAGGAGGACAUUCGCCCAGAGCCGCGGUGUCCCCCUCCUGUUUGAUCACGCUGCGGCGGAGAGCCGAGCGGAGAAGCACAAUGGGGAAAGUUUUACGCAUGAAGACAGUGACGCACGGAGGGAACCUCGCCGGAGACGCUUUGUUUCCGCGCCACGGUUCAUAGAGACCCUGGUGGUGGCAGACUCAACCAUGACCCACUUCUAUGGAGAUGAAAUAAAGCACUACAUUCUCACCCUGAUGUCGAUGGCUGCGCAGCUUUACAAGCACCCCAGCAUAAAGAACUCAGUCAACAUGGUGGUGGUGAAGAUGUUGAUGGUGGAGGACGAGGAGGUCGGCCCGGAGGUAUCCAGCAACGGAGGCGUGGCUCUGAGGAACUUCUGCUCCUGGCAGCAGCUCUUUAACCCACCAAGCCAGAGGCAUCCGGAGCACUACGACACUGCCAUGCUCUUCACCAGAGAGGACAUCUGCGGACAGAAGAGCUGCGACACGCUGGGUGUGGCCGAUGUCGGGACGAUGUGCGACCCCAAGAGAAGCUGCUCGGUCAUCGAGGAUAACGGCCUGCAAGCUGCCUUCACAGCUGCACACGAGCUGGGUCACGUUUUGAGCAUGCCUCAUGACGACUCCAAGACCUGCGAGCGGCUGUUUGGCGAUCUGGGCGGACAUCACCUGAUGGCCCCUCUGUUCGUCAGCCUCAACAAGACUGCGCCGUGGUCUCCCUGCAGCGCUCUCUACAUCACCGAGUUCUUUGACAACGGACACGGGGACUGCCUGCUGGAUGUCCCCGAGAGCACCAUUCCUUUACCAAGAGAGCUGCCAGGCACCGCGUACAGCCUGGACCAGCAGUGCCAGCAGAUGUUCGGGGAGGAGUUUGUCCAGUGCCCCAACUCCUCAGACACUGAUGUGUGCAGCCAGCUGUGGUGUCAGGAGGACGGGACGCAGCAGUGCUCCACCAAGAACGGCAGCUUGCCCUGGGCCGACGGCACCCCCUGUGGCCUCAACGGGACCUGCCUCCACGGAGCGUGCGUGCCCACUGAGGACGUGAUGCAGCCGCUGGUGGUUGUGGACGGCGGCUGGAGUUUGUGGGGGCCGUGGCAGCAGUGCUCCAGGACGUGUGGAGGCGGGGUGGAGUUCUCCUACAGGGAGUGCACUAACCCUGUACCUCAGAACGGAGGCAAGUACUGCGAGGGGCAGAGGGUGCAGUACCAGUCCUGCAACACGCAGCCGUGCGACGACAACGACGGGAAGAGUUUCAGAGAAGAGCAGUGCGAGAAGUACAACAGCCCAAACUACCUGGACUACAACGGUAACGUGAAGCAGUGGAUCCCAAAGUACGCGGGUGUUUCUCCCAGAGACAGAUGUAAGCUGUUCUGCAGGGCCAGAGGCAGCAGUGAAUUCAAAGUGUUUGAAUCCAAGGUGAUUGACGGGACGACCUGCGGCCCUGACACCACGUCAGUGUGUGUCCAAGGCCAGUGUGUGAAGGCGGGCUGCGACCAGGUGAUCGGAUCCAACAAGAGAGUGGACAAGUGUGGGGUGUGUGGAGGAAGUGGGCUCACCUGUAGAAAGAUCAACGGCUCCUACAACAGAGCAACCUAUGGAUACAGCGAUAUUGUCACGAUUCCUAUUGGUGCCACAAAUAUUGACAUCAAACAGCGGAGCCACAGAGGAAUAAAGCAUGAUGGGAACUACCUGGCUAUAAAGAGAGAAAGUGGCGGUUACAUACUCAACGGUAACUUCUCCGUGUCCACGGUGGAGCAGGACAUUCCCGUGCUGGGUGCUGUCCUAAAGUACAGCGGCUCCUCCACCACGCUGGAGAGGAUCCAGAGCUUCAGGCAGCUGAAGGAAGCCAUCACUAUCCAACUGCUUGCCACUGCAGGGGACGCCAACCCCCCCAAGGUCAAAUAUACCUUUUUCAUCCCGAGAGAUGUUACCUUCAACAAGUCCAAGGAGAGGAAGGUCUCGUCACCAUCUUUGCAUAUGAUCCAUCCUUUCGGCGUGCCCGACUGGGUGCUGGGGGAGUGGUCCGAGUGCUCCAAGAGCUGCGGCUCCGGAUGGUCCAGGAGGAACGUUGAAUGCCGAGACAAUGCGGGCUUCCUGUCCAGCCAGUGUGACAAAGACCUGAAGCCCAUAGACAUCAAGCCUUGCGGCGAUCUGCCGUGCCCCAUUUGGCAGAUGGGACCUUGGUCCGUUUGCUCACGAACUUGUGGUCAGGGGGAACGCCGCCGCAGCGUCGUCUGCAUAGACUACACUGGGAAGACUGUUGAGCCGGAGAAAUGCGAUCCGAACAAAAUCCCAGAGCCCGUCUCCGCAGAAUGUCUCAACCAAGAGUGCUUAUGAAGAACAUGAGUAUAGUGAACUUUCCCUUUUUGGUCUGACUGCACUUACCAACCAUGGAUGGAUUACUGAACGGGCACAACGGGCACAGGCCCAGGGACCCGAGGGGGCAGGGGGCGGAGACACAAAAUGACCACCAAGAGACACAUAGCAACCAUAAAGAGAGACAAAGCAAACACCUAGAGACACAAAACAACCACAGAGACACAAAGCUAACACCAAGGGACACAAAACUCCUGCAAAUUGUCAUAAAAUAAACACAAAGACACACACCGAGACACAAAAAGCCCACCAAGAGACACAAAACAAACAUAUAAAGAC